AUGGCCAAGAACGAUGCUGUAAUUCAGAGUCAAGCGGCAUCCUUGAGGAAUCUAGAAACUCAGCUGGGGCAGCUUGCUAAUGAGCUAAGGAAUAGACCACAAGGCACUUUGCCUAGUGAUAAAGAAAAUCCAAGAAAAUAUGGCAAGGAGCAUUGCAAGGCGGUUACCUUGAGAAGUGGCAAAAAUGUGGAACUUACUGAGGAUAAUUCAAUUCCUCCGCAAAAUGCUACAGGAGAGCCUACAAGCAAGCCACCUCCACCAUUUCCUCAGCGCUUUCAAAGGAAACAACAAGAUGACCAAUUCAGGAAGUUUCUGGAUGUUUUGAAGCAGCUCCAUAUCAACAUUCCCUUGGUGGAAGCUUUGGACCAAAUGCCCAACUACCUGAAGUUUUUGAAAGACAUUUUGACAAAAAAGAGGAGGCUGGGUGAAUUUGAAACAGUUGCUUUAAUAGAGAGCUGUAGUGCUAUGUUGAAAAGUAAAAUUCCUUCUAAAUUAAAAGAUCCGGGUAGCUUUACAAAUCCAUGCUCCAUUGGUGGGAGAGAUGUGGGAAGAGCUUUAUGUGGUUUGGGUGCUAGUAUUAAUCUAAUGCCCAUGUCGAUUUUCAAGAAAUUGGGCAUUGGAGAAGCUAGGCAAACCACAGUUACCUUGCAAUUGGCGCACCGGUCGAUGGCUCAUCCAGAAGGAAAAAUUGAAGAUGUACUAGUGCAAGUUGACAAGUUCAUAUUUCCGGCUGAUUUCAUCAUUCUUGAUUAUGAAGCGGAUAGAGAUGGACCAAACAUAUUGGGGAGGCCAUUUCUUGCUACCGGGAGGACUUUGAUUGAUGUACAAAAUGGAGAACUUACCAUGAGGGUGAAUGAUCAACAAGUGACCUUUAGUGUUUUUAAAGCCAUGAAGUUUCCGGAUGACAUCGAAGAAUGCCCUAGAUUGAGUGUAAUUGAGUCACUUGUAGCUGAAACUUUUCAUAAGGAAACUUGCAAGGCUGAAUUGGGGGUGAAUAUCUUUGAAGAUGAUGAAGCAUUUAGCAAAGAGGAGGAGUCCCAAGUCACAUGGAUAGAAUCCAACAAGCCAGCUAUCAAAUUCAGCAAGCCUGUUGAUUCUCUAAACCUGUCGGAAGGGAAUUUUAAGCUGCCAAAGCCUUCUAUUCAAGAACCACCAAAGCUAGAGUUGAAACCUUUGCCAAGCCACUUAAAAUAUGCCUACUUGGGGGGGAUAAUGAAACGCUGCCUGUGA